CGACCACAUUGAGCGACACGCGGUCAAAUUCAGUAUGUACUUUCCCGGGAAAAUAUAAGUUGGAAGUGAUCAAUAAGGCUGUGCAACCAUGGCGAAGAUUACAGAAAGUAUACUACUAGAGAAGGGCUUGCCGAAAACAAAUAAGUUGGACCAGGUUAAGAGUCUGAAUCUCUCUCGGAUGAGCUUGAAGAAGCAGGACCUGCCCGUGCCUCUGCUGUGUAAGCUCAGCAGCCUGGAGCAGUUAGACCUCUCUGGGAACAUGCUCCAGGAGCUGCCUGCAGGGCUGUACCUGCCCAGUCUGAGGCUUCUCGACUGCUCCAACAACAAUAUGGAGGAUGUGACCUCGCUGGAGGCCCUAGACAACCUGGAGGAGCUGCGUGUGGAGGACAACCUCUACCUCACCGUGAAUGAUGAGCACAAGGUGAUUUUCCUAUUGCCCAGGCUGAGGAGGUUCAACGGGAAGGACAUCAGAGUCAUGGCCGACCACAUCCACUGUGUCAAUGACGAGAUCCUUAAGAAGCGGGUGAUUGCAUUGUGGGAAAAGGACUUUAGUCUUCCCAGUCCACUGACUACGCAGAGUCUCUCUACAGUGGAGAAGAAAUUUGUUAAUGCUGCCUGCUUUCAAGUGAAAUACGGGCCCAGCUCUUUAAAUGAAUACACCAAAUGGAGAGUGGCGAUGAUUGCAAAAGAAUACCUUAAAUCCUUGACUGACCCAUUGAUGGAGGUGGACAACAAUUCACCAGGGACUCCUGUAGCAGAAGAGGAGGAUGAGCUAAGGCUGAGCAACAGGGUUAAUUUACCUGCUCACAUAGUCACUCAGUCACCUUUCAAGAAAAAGCGAAGUGAGCCAUUGGCAAGUGAGGUGGAAAGCCCUCGGAAGAGAAGAGCGUUAUCCGGCGAGCCAGCCGCGGCAGCCGGUCCGCGCAGAUCCAUCCGCCUGGCCGCUGCUUCCCCCAUCGAGGCUGUUCCGAGGAACACCUCUCAGAAUUCCCCCACCAACUUGGCCAGCCCUAGGGGGUCCAAAAGAACGAUCAGGGAAACUGCCUCUGAGGAGAGUCCGAGGACACGGAGCUGCCCGCAAACUACACAACAGAAAGCCGCGAAGGUACACGUGGGCCCCAGAAAAGCCGUGCCGGCCCCUGGCAGUCUCUCUGCGAGAGGGGGCACAUCUGAGACCCCAAAGAAAAACCAGAAAGAGAAACCCACGGCACAAAAGGGCAAAUGUGCAUACACCCCCACCAAGGCAGAAAAUGGAACGCCCAAGAAAACGAUCACGUACCAAGUUCCUCAGGAGCCAGCCUGUCUGCAGCCACUCCACGUCCUGCAGUGUCACAGCCGACAGGACAGUCCUGAGGACUUCAGCACCCAGCUGUGGGCAUGUGCCUUUGAGCCCCAGCAGCAAAGUGGUGACUCUAGCGGCUGGACACAGACAGUGGCCACAUGUGGUGGGGAGUCCAUUUGUGUAAUAGAUUGCGAGUCUGGGCAUGUGCUGAAGAAAUACAAGGUUCCUGGUGAGAUGUUCUACACAUUGGCCUGGACCACGGUGCUGAUGUCACGGGAGGGCACAUGUGUCCGUCCCUGUAGUGUCCUAGCAGCGGGUGGGACCCGUGGAGUGGUGAGGCUCAUCCACCCCAGAGCCAACCUGGCGUAUGGAAAGUUCCGCGUAGGCCGGCGUCCCAUCUCCAUCCUGCGCUUCUGCCCGCGCCGUGGAAACUUCUUGUUCACCGGGACCUAUGACAAGAAGAUAGUUAUGUGGGACAUCGGUGGGCUGGAUCGCGACUACAAUUUCAAAACCAGCCAGCUGCUGGUCCUGCAGACGGGCUCCACUCCGCUGCACCUCUGCCUGCCGCCCUCCUCCCCAGACACGCACCUCCUCGCUGGCUGCGAUAGCGGCUUGUACAGCUUCGACAUCCAGCUCAGCAAAAACACACAGAAGAGGACAGAUGAGAUGGAGAUUGUGUUUACUUCAUACAAGGAGAGCAAGACAAAUGACUGUCACACUAUUGAUGGCCUCAGUUUCCUCACAGAUGAUGUAGUAGCAUCUAAGAGCCCCACACAGGGUUCCAUCUACCUCUGGAGCUGGAGUGGCACAAGGGCAUCUCAGAGGGGGCAGCAGAAGGAGGUGCCUGCCCAGAUCCUGGCUGAGCUGCAGUGGUCCAGCACGGACAUCCCUUAUCUGUCUUUAAACACCUGCCCAAGCUUUGGCUAUGUGGUGUGUGGAGAUGAGGAUGGCAGGCUGUGGACCUAUCACAUCUCAGACUCUGUGACGGCCACCUUCAAGACUGGAAAAGUUCCUGCCACUGAGGUGCUGAAGUGGCCAUGCCCCAUUCGAGCCCAAGGAGGUCAGGUGGAGGGGACUUCCAUCAACAGUGUUGCUAUGGAUCCUGAGCUUCAUUAUUUGGUUGCCCUUAGUGACAAGAACAUGGUCGUGAUUUGGAAGAGAGCCAUGAAUUGAUGAAUGGUUCCAGUGCCAUCUUCCACACGUUCAUCUUGACGUGCAGUAAAAGAGGCAUGACAGUUCCUACACAAAUGUGUAGGUCUGUUUUCAUCCUUGAUGUGAAUUUGUGUCUCAUUCAGACAGAACCAGACAGCUGGUAUUGAGAAGAAUUGGACAUUUGUAGUAUAUAUCUGGCAUCUGUGUUCUUAUCUAAGUUAACCAAAUGGAGGAGACAGAUUUAAUCUCAACUAUUGACAUCACCAAUACUUGAAUCUCUUUUUAAAUAUUUGCUUUUUUGUUUUAUUUUUUAUGCAAACAGUAUGUAUUGUUCCUAAAGACCAUGUACAGAUGAAUGACUGACUGUUAUUUGUUUUGUUGUACACAUGCAUAUUUGUACAAUAAAACUUUAUACACAUCUUU